AUGAAUUUAAAGAACAGGAAUAUAUCGCUUACAUUUUAUAAUUACUUAUGUGACAUCAUCGGUUCUGAGGAAGUUGUAAUGACAAGAAGAGACAUAUUUACUGUGAAGGAUAUUGUUGACAAUACUACUGGUAUAAGCUUUAUAAGUAGUGGUAGUAAAGCAGAAGGUCUAGAUCUCAAAGGUAGUGAUUUCGAUCUAAUGAUUCUUCAUAACGGUGUCCGUGUGUAUCAAAGCUUAAAUGAUGACCAGUUCAAUCCAGAUACAAUACCAUUGGUAAUGGUUACCAACGACACAAUACCCGGAUUUACAAAAAUUAAGUUAGUCAGCAAAUCAUAUCUUGAUACUGAUGUGAUACACGACUGGAGUGAGACUGUUGGAGAAGAAACUUACAUCUCAAGUAAACGUUUUCGGGAAUAUCACUUACGUGAUGAUAUGGUUAUUCAUGGUCCAUGUCAGUCUACAUCUGAUGGGGAGUAUGAUCAUGCAAAAUGUUUUAGAUGUAAAGAAUGGAUCACACCAGCUCAACAAUGGAUUUACAGAUCACGUACAGCAUGGCCAGAUUACAAAACAGUUACCCUAGCUGUACAAUACGGAGUUUUGUUUGUUCCUAUUGGAUCAACAAACUCUCUUAAUGAGGAUUUACAAUGGCGGGUAUCGUUUUCGGUGACCGAAAAACUGUUGAUUCAUUCAUUUUCCCAUACUCAAUUAUUAUGUUAUGCUUUACUUAAAAUUAUAUUAAAAGACAUUAUUAAACCGAGACAUGGUGAUCUUCUUUGCUCCUAUUUCAUGAAAACAAUUAUGUUAUGGUUGAGUGAAGAAGUUAGUCCAAUUGAAUGGAAAGCUGAGAGUGUGAUUUCUUGUUUCUUGGAUUGUCUUAGAAGACUAGUGUAUUGUGUUCAAUAUAAAACAUGUCUCCACUACUUUAUCCCAGACCAUAACUUUUUUGAAGACAGAUUUACUGACAGUGAACACAAGACGUUACUGGAUACACUACAGGAUAUCUAUAAAUCGCCUUGGACUUCUAUUUUUCAUACGGCUACAUUUCAGGAUUUUAGAUUAGAAACAGUUAAUUCACUUGGGGUGUCACUUACAGUGUCGGAAUUAUCGUGUUUUAAAUAUAUGAACACUCUAGAUGAAAGUCCAAAUUCUUUUUACAGUGUCUGUAAACGUCUUGUUAAUAGUUCCAGUUAUUCUUUAAAUCGGGAAAUGUGUAUAUACAUGAUAUCUGUACACUGCAGGGAUUUUAUACAAACGUCUGAUCUUUGUAACCUGUCCAAUAGAAACAAAUCUGCAUACAGACAAUAUCAGACUUUUCUAGGCUGUUUAAAGAUUAUUUGGCAUUCUGAUUCAAUUUCCUCGUGGUUAUUGUUAGCAUCUUUGUUUUAUAAAUAUAAACGCUUUCAGGAAUGUACCGAUGUAAUAAAUUAUAGUUUAUCCAACUGCACCCCAGAUAAGAUACAGCUUCAAUUUGUCAAUAGUUUGGCUGAACAGACUAUUUACAAUGAAAUGAACAAAAAAUUUGGGCUAUUAGUUGUACAUAAACAUUUGAUAUUUGAACGCAUCUUAUUUUGGCAUCCGUUUAAUUUAUUACCAAAUGAACUGAAAUCGCUGAUAAAUGAUGAUGUAUUACCUUUUCCCCCUGUCGUUUACUCACAUCUUUUAAAGUUUUUGUGCUUCUACCAACUAGGAGAUAACAAAGGAAAGGUCAAUGCACUGAGAGAUCUAGAAAUAACAGUAAGAAAACGCUAUUUUAUUUUGGAAAGUGAUGCUAUUAUAAAUAUUGCUGAAAAAAGUGUCGAAAUAGUCAAAGGGUAUAUAUAA